AUGGAUAAAAUGGGUUGUACUUGUAACGGAACUCUUGCGAAUAAUACAGAUUUUGACACAGAUUUAGAUACUAUGAUGGGUAAUAAUGUUCCUAAAGUAAGAAUUUUUUUAAUAAUUUAUAGUAUUUAAUUCAAAAUAAUAGUUAAGAAGAAUCUUAGUUAGAAAUAUUUCAUACAUAGGAUUAAAAUAAAAAUGCUCAAAGUGAAAAUGAGAAAGAAAUAAUACAAGAUUAGAUUUAUAAGGAAAAUGAAACAAAUUAAUAAAUAGUGGAAAAUAUUAUUCAGUUAGACCAGAAAAUUUAGAGUAUUAUAUUAUAUUAUUAUAGAUUAUGAUCAAUUAAUGAUAGAAAAAAGUUUAAAGAGUCAUUUUGAACUUUUUAAUUUGACUCAAUAAGCUAUCAGUUUUCUUAUAAAAAACUUAGUUUACUGUACAUAGUAAAGUGAUUAGUUUAUAAUGGAAUAAGGGGAUCAAGUAUAUAAGCAAUAUAUAUUAUAGACUACUUAUUUCAUAAUUAUACAUAAAGGAUAAGCAGAAAUUAUAAUUAAUGACAAAAAAGUAAAAGUGAUGUCAGAAGGAGAUUAUUUUGGAGAAAGAACAUUAUCUUUAAAUGUAAUUAGAAGUGCUUCAAUCAGAACAAUCAGUAAUUAUAUCUAUUAUAUAUUCAGCUGACUGUAAUUUUUGGAGGCUUGACAGAUAAAUUUUUUAAUAAGCUAUAGAACUUAUAAUGAAAAUAGAGUAUGAAGAGAACAUAUAGUUUAUAAAUCAAAUUUCCUUCUUUACUUUUAUGUAACCUUAAUAGAAAUAUAUUAUUAUUCAAUAACUAAUUACAACUAAAUAUGAACCAGGAUAAAUGAUUGUGAAUGAAGGAGAAUAAGCAGAUUCAUUUUAUUUAAUUAAAUCAGGCACAGUUGGAGUUUUUAAAGAGAAUAAAUAAAUUAAUACUAUGGGUCCAGGAUAUAGUUUUGGUGUAUAAGCUUUAUAUGAAAAAAUUACAAGAGGAGCAUCUGUAAGAGCUGAAACAGAAGUCAAAUGUUUGACAAUAGGAAGAGAUAAAUUAACUAAAAUAUUAGGAUCUAAUAUUUAAUUGAUUAUAUUUAACAAUAUUAUAAGAUGGAGUAUUGAAAAAAGCAGUAUUUUAAGUUAAUUAACAAAAAUACAUAGAGAAAAGAUUUCUGUAAAUACCCAUAUAGAAAAUUAUAAAAAAGGAUAAGUUAUAUUUAAAAAAGAUACUAUAUGUGAUUAAUUAAUAAUAGUUCUUGAAGGAACUUUAUAGUGUGGUGAUGAGAAAGUAGAAAAAGGUGAUUGUUUUGGUGAUUAAUUUUUGUUAUAAAACAAGUAGAAUGAUUUGUUUUUAAUUGAUUAUUAGAUGAUAACAGAUGGUGUUUUAGCAAGCAUUUCAUUUACUUAAAUAUAUAAAAUUAUAGGAGGAGAUUUUGUAACAUCAUUAUAAAUGAAAUCUCAAUCACAUGAGGAAAAAUAAAAAAUUCCUAUUAUUAGAGAAGAUGCUUCUCAUAUUCAUUUUGAAGAUCUUAUCUAUAUUGAUAAAAUAGGUUAUGGUCAAUUUGCUAUGAUAUAUUUAGUUAGUCACAAAGAUUAAAAUAAAUUAUAUGUUCUGAAAUGUAUACCUAGAUCUAAAAUUUAUGAGGGUAAAUUACAAAAACACCUUUUAAAUGAAAAAAUGAUUUUAGAAAUAUGUAAUUUCCCUUAUAUAAAUUAAUUGGUUAAAACAUAUAAAGAUUUAAAGGCUGUUUACUUUCUUUUAGAAUAUAUUAAAGGAUUUGAUCUAUUUUAUGUAAUAAGAUAAAUUGGCUUAUUAAAUAAGGAACAAACUCAAUAUUAUAUUGGAAGUAUUAUCUUAUGCUUAGAAUAUCUUCACUCAAAUGGAAUCGCCUAUAGAGAUUUAAAACCUGAAAAUGUGAUGGUUAAUACUGAUGGGAUAGUGCAUUUGGUAGAUCUAGGGAAUGCAAAGUUAAUUAAAAAUUCUUAUGAAUAAAAAACUUUUACAAUUCUAGGCACUCCACACUACAUGGCUCCUGAAAUCUUUGCUGGAGGAGGCCAUUCUUAUAAUGCUGAUUUUUGGAGUUUAGGCGUAUGUUGUUAUGAAUUUCUAUGUGGAUUAUUACCAUAUGGUGAAAAUUUUGAUGUAAUCAUGAUACUAUAUAAUAGAACCCUUAUGAAAUAUAUGAAGAUAUCAUUAAUAGUGAAUUAAAGUUUCCUAAACGUUUUUCAGAUGAAUCUGCUAGAAGAUACAUUGAAUAAUUACUGUCUAAAUAACCUGCUCUUAGAUUAGGUACUUCAUAUGCUAAUUUAAAAUCUCAUCCUUGGUUUGAUGAUUUUAAUUGGGAUAAACUAUACAAUCAUGAAUUACAACCUCCUGUAAAUAUAUUUAUUUAUAUCUUAAGUAUAUUCCUCCUAAAAAUAAAUUGAUUAAUGAAACUAAAAUUGAGACAAAAGUAUAAGAAGGUAAACCAAUCUACAAAGUAAUUGAAGAAUCAGAAUAAUAUAAAAAUAUUGAAUAAUAGAUAUAAUAAGAAACGAAUAUCAAUUGGGAUUAAGAAUUUUGA